AUUCGAGUGCCAUAUUGAUAUUGUUUAGCAAUUUACAGAAAUUGUAAUUUUUGUAACGGGUCUCGCCGUUUCUCUCUCGAUCAAACCCAAACUCCAAACCCCAACCCCAACCCAAAUCUCUCCAUCUCUUCACUCGCCUCGUGAUUCGCCUUCUGAGAUCUUCGCUUUCGCUCUGUAACGAAAGCCCUUUUCUUUCUCUAUUUCUAGCCCUAACUCACUGAGUUCGCCCCCUUGAACUCGGAAGCUGCUUCGGACUAAUCACAGGUUCUUUUAUUGACUUUCUUCAGAUGCCAAGUUCUUUUUCAUAGGUUAAAGGGUUCUGUGAAGGAUGAAUAUGCAACCGGCUGUCCAUUCCAGAUCAUCUGCCAAUGGAUUUGGCCGUCGAAGAGGCGAAAGAGAUGUGGGGACCAGGCCGGAGAACAGGUCACAGAGUGGAAAAUCAAAUUCCAAUAACAGAUUAACAUCUACUGGGAGCAAAACUGGUGGCCAUGUGAGUCCUUCACAUGAUCGCUUAGUAUAUAUAACUACUUGUUUCAUUGGUCAGCAUGUGGACGUCCAUGUGAAAAAUGGAUCCAUAUAUUCUGGAAUAUUUCAUGCAGCAAACGAAAAAGACUUUGGAAUUAUAUUGAAAAUGGCCCGCUUGACAAAAGAUGGUAGCUCUCGAGGUCAAAAGUCUCCUGCGGAGUCAGUUAGCAAGCCUCCUGCAAAGACAUUGAUUAUACCUUCUAAAGAACUUGUGCAAGUUAUAGCGAAGGACGUGUCUGUUACAAGUGACGGAUUCUUAGAUGAGGCUCAGUGUGAAAAACAGCAAGAACUUAUGAUAGAUUCCGUCAUUUCACAAUCUCGCCAAGUUGAGUUGGAGAGGGAACUUGAGCCAUGGAUCCCUGAUGAAGAUGAUCCGCAAUGCCCUGAAUUGGAGAAUAUUUUUGAUGGCCAUUGGAAUAGGGGGUGGGACCAGUUUACAGCAAAUGAAGCCUUGUUUGGAGUUAAAAGCACAUUUGAUGAGGAACUUUACACUACAAAACUUGAGAGAGGUCCUAAGACCCGAGAGUUGGAAAAGGAAGCUCAAAGAAUCGCUAGAGAAAUUGAGGGUGAGGACACUCGUGAUCUUCAUUUAGCAGAGGAAAGAGGCUUUCAACUCAGUGGAAAUUUGGAUAUUGAUGAGGAGACAAGAUUUUCUUCUGUCUUUCGGGGUAAGAUAGCUGAUGACAGUGGUUACGAUGAGGACAUAUUGGUGGAUUCCCAUAAUAACGACACCUUUGGAGAUUCCUGUACCUCUGGAAUUAGUAGUUCAUCAUCUGAUUGGAACAAAGGAAAGAGUAAUGAUGGGGCUCGAGCUUCAUCAAGUUCUUGUGCUAUGGAGCAAGCACAGUCUUCGAAUUCGAGUGUUGGUGUGGAUUUAAGCAGGUCUGGUUCCUAUGAUCAUGCUGGGCAGCUGGCAUCAGAACCACUUUUUAAAAGCUCUUCUGCUACAGCUAGUGAAAGCAGGAUCUUGGAUAAUCAACUUCGCGAACAUGGAGGGAAUGUGAAAGAGUAUUCAGAAAAACAAGCUUUUAUCGAGGGGAUUCAAUUGUCAAAACCUGAUGAUUCAUCAUCUUCGCUGAAUGGGAAGAAAGAUGGCUCUGAUAAAGGAGGAUUAUCUCCUAAUGCCACUUCUUAUGCUCCGUCUAGUGUUCCACUGAAGGGAAAUGAGAAAACAUCUUCUCUGAGUGAAUCAGUGGAUACUGUUGUUACUGGAAAAGCACAUGGGCAGGCUCAAGCUGUUAACUCUCAUGGUCGGCCUGGUAGUUCUGCAUCUUCCAGUUCAGAAUGCGCAGUUACUGCUGCUGCUCCUAGCGGCCCUGGUUUAUCACCAAGCUCGUCUAUGGGCUCAUUGUCGUCUGAAAGAUCUACACUCAAUCCCCAUGCUAAGGAAUUCAAACUCAAUCCAAAUGCAAAGAUUUUUGUACCAUCUUCACCAAUAAGGCCUCAAUCCCCUGUGUCUGAUGGCUCCUUCUAUUAUCCACCUACUAUGCCUGGUGUACCACAAAUGCAUGGCAUGCCUGUUAGCAUUGGAAUUGGGCCCUCCUUUCCCCACCAGCAAGUUAUGUUUAAUCCCCAAGCUGGACAGCCACAAACAUAUUUUCAUCCAAAUGCGCCUCAGUAUGGGCAACAGAUGCUUCUUGGUCAUCCUAGGCAAGUUUUGUACAUGCAAAACUACCAACCUGAAAUGCCAUAUAAAGGACGAGAAUAUUGAGUUGUUUGUGGCGAAUGGAUUGUUGGUUUUGCGUUGGUCAGUAGCAGAAGAAUAACCCACCUGGGAGUUGGAGGAACCUAUUUAAGGAAAGUGCCCGCCGUCCCAUGAUUAUUUAACAUUUGUGUGUGCUAGAGCAAGUUUACCGUUUCUCCGAGAUAUAAGGGUUGCCGCCUCCAUUCCAUCCUUUAACCCAUGCUCUAUGUAUUUUGGGGAUUUUCCCAAUUUCAUUUAGUGCCCUUCACAUUUUCUCAAUGUCUUUUUUUUUUUUAAUUUAUGGAACUUCAUAAUUUUGUUUCUUUUUUUUUUUUUUUUUUUUUUUUUUUUUCAUAUUUCUUCUUUAUGUUACUCAAUUUGGGCUUUAAUGAAAAGUGAAAACAAUGAUUUGUAACACUA